AUGUAUUCUGACCAGUCCACCAGAGUAAGAGCCUACCAUGGUAAAGGGAAGGGUCGUGGUAAGGGUCGGGGACACCAUGGUGGUGAGGACCAACAUGACCACGAUAAUGAUGAUGAUAACCAUGUUGGUGAUCGUAGAGAAGAGUCGGCGGCGGAACGCUCAUACCCAGUAGAUGAUGAGGCACCGAGACGUCGAGCCUAUCACGGCAAAGGGGAGAGAAGGGGGCAGGAGGGGGAGGAUCAUCAUCAGACUCAUCAUCGGGCCUACCAUGGCAAGGGACGCUAUGGUGGUAAGGGCAAGGGUAAAGGCCGAGAUGAUAGGGACCGAUAUGAUCCUGAUUAUGAUAGGGGGGAGUCUAGUAGGAAGAAGGGCGGCGGAACACAGAAGAUCGAUAUGCCCCCACCACUAUCCUUCGCCGGCAGUCUAGUCCUACACGAACCUAUCAAGGCCGACAGUAUCGAUAAGAUAGAUGAGGAAUGCUCAUUAUGCAUGGAGAAGCUAAUCUAUGUAGCAGUUGGACAUUGUGGUCAUCACAGCAUAUGUUGGCUGUGUGCAUUGCGCCUUCGAUGGUUGUUGAAUGACCGUUCCUGCCCUAUGUGCAAGGAAGAACUCGACACUCUAGUAUUGGUACACCGAGAUCAAUACGAUCCUAUCCUUUCAAUCGAUGACCUUAUUGCAUCUAAGAAGAGGUUAGUUAUCAGGGAUAAGGAACAAGCCGAUAUCUACUAUAGUGACAAAAGGAUUCAGAAAAUAUGCCACAUGAUAAGACAGUAUCGCUGUGGGUUCUGUACCAACUGGGAUGGUGAUGAAUCUACUGAGGCUGAGAGAGAGGAUAAAUGGGCAUUCCAUACUCUAGGAGAUCUUCGUACACAUCUUCGGAAGCAACAUUCCCGAGACUUCUGUACAAUAUGCCUCAAUGAGAGAGAUGUCUUCAUACUAGAGCAAUAUCUAUACACCACGCUCAACCAUGGAGCUGAUAUCGAUCGUCACUGUCGUCACGGAGAUCCUGAUCUAAGACCACCCGUGGACAAUCAUCCUUCCUGUGACUUCUGCAACCCCUCAGGGAGGAAUGAUCACCGUUUCUACUCGGCUGAUCAGCUUAAGACCCAUAUGAGGAAGAAUCAUUUCACCUGUCAUCUUUGUGAGAGCAUGGGAUGGCGUAAUGAGUAUUACAAGGAUUACUUCGCAUUAUAUGCUCAUUUCUCGGCCGCCCAUUACCCCUGUGAACAUAAUGAUUGUCUAGCUAAGAGGUUUGUGGUAUUCAAGACAGACGAUGACCUCAAGAUACAUGAGGUCACCGAGCAUACCAAUUUCGGAGGUACUACGCUAUCUGCCCUAUAA